UGCAGUGUAUCCCAGUAUACUAUGUAACUUUAGAGAGCCUUGAGAACAAGGGGGUGGGAAGGCCUAUUUAAACCAGCCUCCAGCUCUUGAACCUAUUGCUUUAGACAGAGCAGAAAGAACAGUUGAGUCGCAGAUAUGGCCUGGUGGAGUUUGCUGCGUGGACCGUCGACGCUCCUUGCGAGCUGCCUUGAUGAGCUGAUGGCAUCGGGCGUCCGCAGAAGCAGCAGCAGCAUGCCGAUGGUCAGACAGGUUUUCAGCGAGAGCCGCAGCAGCAUCAAACCUUACAGUGAGAUUCCCGGGCUGUGGAAGAACAGCAUUGCCAACCUGUACAAUUUCUGGAAACUGGAUGGCUUCAAAAACCUUCACUGUAUAAUGCUGCAGAAUUUUAAUACUUUUGGACCCAUUUACAGAGAAAAAGUAGGGUAUUAUGAAAGUGUGAAUAUUAUCAACCCAGAGGAUGCUGCCAUCCUGUUCAAGGCAGAAGGUUCUUAUCCCAAAAGGCUGAAAGUGGAAGCCUGGACCUCAUACAGAGACUACAGGAAUCGUAAAUAUGGAGUUUUACUGAAGGACGGGCCAGAAUGGAGGUCAAACCGGGUCAUCCUCAAUAAGGAGGUGAUCUCCCCGAAGAUGCUUGGUAACUUUGUGCCCUUGUUGGAUGAAGUCGGUUAUGACUUUGUGGCCAGAGUUCACAAGAAGAUAGAACGAAGUGGACAGAACAAGUGGACGACGGACCUCUCCCAAGAGCUCUUCAAAUACGCACUAGAGUCGGUGAGCACAGUUCUAUAUGGGGAGCGCCUGGGCCUGAUGCAAGACUACAUUGAUCCGGAGGUUCAACAUUUCAUUGACUCCAUCACCCUCAUGUUCAAGACUACCUCACCCAUGUUGUACAUACCUCCGGCUCUACUCAGGCGGAUUGGAGCCAAAGUGUGGCGGGACCACGUGGAUGCUUGGGAUGUAAUCUUUAACCAAGCUGACCGCUGCAUCCAGAAUAUCUACAGGCAGUUACGCCAGGAGAGUAGUCAUACUAAAAAAUACCCAGGAAUUCUGGCCAGCCUGCUCAUGCUGGACAAGCUGUCUAUUGAAGACAUCAAAGCCAGUGUCACUGAGCUAAUGGCUGGUGGAGUUGAUACGACCUCUAUCACGUUGCUGUGGACAUUGUACGAGCUGGCCAGACACCCUAACCUUCAGGAGGAGCUGAGGGCGGAGGUGGUAUCUGCCAGGGCACAAAGCCAAGGGGACAUGGUGGAAAUGCUGAAGAAGGUUCCUUUGGUCAAAGGAGCGCUGAAGGAAACACUAAGGUUACAUCCAGUUGCAGUGAGCUUGCAAAGAUACACAGCAGAGGACAUCUUUAUUCAGAAAUACCACAUUCCAGCAGGGACCCUGGUGCAGUUAGGACUCUAUGCAAUGGGGAGAGAUCCUAAGGUGUUUUGUCGUCCAGAGCAAUAUCAGCCCUCUCGCUGGCUCAGGACUGAAAGCCACUACUUCCGCAGCCUGAGCUUUGGCUUCGGCCCACGCCAGUGUAUAGGACGCAGAAUAGCCGAGACCGAGAUGCAGAUCUUCCUCAUCCAUAUGCUUGAAAACUUCAGAGUGGAAAAACAGCGACACGUGAAUGUGGAGAGCACUUUUGAGCUCAUACUCUUACCAGACAAGCCCAUACUAUUAACUCUCAAGCCCUUGCACAGUAGUCAAUAAGAUGGCGUCUCUUGAAGAACACGAACAUGAAGCAUGAGCCAUGUUUUUCCAUAUUUAGCACUCUAACAUCCUUAAAUGCAUUUGUAAAUUAACUCAGGAUUUUCUUAUAAAGUGAUCAAUGUAAAUUAAUGGCACUGUGUGUUACUUCAAGACAAACUAUCGACACGUUUGUGUACAAUGUACUGUGAGAAAAAGAAUAUACGGAAACUUCAUUUCAUGUGAGCAUAGCAAAUGUAUUUUGUCAAACCAGGGGCAAAUAAAAUACUACAAAUGACACAA